AUGAAUGUCGGUGGAGACUUCUAUUUCUCUAUCGGAAGCGUUGAAGCAUUCGAGCGCAAGCUUGACGAGGCUCAGGCGGAGCUCGGCAUCCCGAGCGCGGAACGGAUACCAGUAUCCUACCAGGACGAAAUCUCCUCCGUCGGUGCUCUCCUUAACUUCGCCCCUACCCUCCUUCUCAUCGGUGUCCUCUAUUGGAUUUCAAGACGUGGUUCGGCAAGCCCAGGUGGCGGUAUUUUCAGCAUAGGGAAGAGCCGUGCCAAGCUUUUCAACAAGGACACGGACGUCAAGGUCAAAUUCAAAGACGUUGCGGGGAUGGACGAGGCGAAGGAGGAGAUUAUGGAGUUCGUCAAAUUCUUGAAGGAGCCUGCGAAAUACGAGAAACUCGGCGCCAAGAUUCCUCGCGGUGCUAUCCUGUCUGGCCCUCCGGGUACGGGUAAGACACUUCUUGCGAAGGCAACAGCCGGGGAGGCGUCCGUUCCCUUCCUGUCGGUUUCGGGAUCCGAGUUCGUGGAGAUGUUCGUGGGUGUUGGUUCAUCUCGUGUCCGUGACCUCUUCGCGUCGGCCAAAAAGAAUGCCCCCUGCAUCAUCUUCGUCGACGAGAUAGACGCCAUUGGGAAGUCACGAGGCAAGGGAGGAUCGUUUGGGGGUAACGAUGAACGGGAAUCGACCUUGAACCAGCUUUUGGUGGAAAUGGACGGCUUCGGCACCAAUGAGCACAUCGUCGUUCUCGCAGGCACGAAUCGACCGGACGUCCUCGAUCCCGCUCUCAUGCGGCCAGGCCGAUUCGAUAGGCAUAUUACCAUUGAUCGUCCUGACGUUUCUGGCAGGAAGGGUAUUUACCUCGUUCACCUUGGGCCGCUGCGUCUCGAUGAGAAGCUGAAAGUGGACAUUUCCGCCUUCGCUCAGAAGUUGGCGGUACUCACACCUGGGUUCUCGGGCGCUGAUAUUGCGAAUGUCUGCAACGAAGCUGCUCUUCGUGCUGCUCGUAGAGGGUCUGAUUACGUCGAGAACGUGGACUUUGAAACAGCCAUCGAACGGGUUAUCGUUGGCUUAGAGAAGAAGAGCCGAGUCCUCAGCCCGGAUGAGAAGAAGACCGUCGCGUACCACGAAGCUGGUCACGCCAUCUGCGGAUGGUUCUUAGAGCAUGCUGAUCCACUCCUCAAAGUCAGCAUCAUUCCCCGAGGUGCUGGCGCGCUAGGCUAUGCUCAGUAUUUACCUCCUGACCGUUAUCUCCUCUCAACACCCCAAAUGGCAGAUCGGAUAUGCAUGACCCUGGGAGGUCGUGUCUCUGAAGAGAUCUUCUUUGGAGCGGAGAACAUCACCACUGGUGCCCAAGAUGACCUGCAGAAGAUCACGCGUAUGGCGUUCGAGGCCUGUGCUAACUACGGCAUGAACGACGUUAUCGGACCAGUCAGCUAUGGUGGAGAUCGUGCCGCCAAAGAAAGUUGGACGAAGCCCUUCAGUGAGAAAACAGCGGAAAUGCUCGAUUACGAGGUCCGCAAAAUGAUUACGACUGCAUACGAGCGGACACGAAACCUGCUUACCGCGCAUCGGGACGAUAUCGACAAGGUAGCUCGCCUUCUUCUUGAGAAGGAGGUGAUCACUCGUGAGGACAUGAUCGACCUGCUCGGUAAACGACCAUUCGCAAGCCGGGAUGACAUGGACAAAUGGCUUGAUGAGCACCGUGGGGAGAAGAGUGCGCCGCCGCCUAUAGAAACUCCUCCUGCUGGAGAUGUCGAGGACGGCCCUCUGGGACCUGCUCCUAUCCCUAUCAGCAAAAGCCUCGACGAUAAGCUGAUGCUAUGA